AUGACUUCACCCUCACCGACACAAGAUGCAUCUCUGCCCGAGGCAGAGUAUCUGAGCGGAGAAGUACUGCUGGAAGAAGAGUCGUUCUCCUGGUACAGUCCCUCAAAGUUCUAUGCCAUACACAUUGGUGAUAUCGUGGAGUCAAGAUAUCAGGUCUUGGCCAAGCUCGGUUACGGCUCAGUGUCGACGGCAUGGUUGUGUAAAGACAUGAGGGAGGACAAGUACGUCACGCUGAAAGUCUACAUGACAGGACAUAGGCAGGCGCUGAACGAAGCAAAGGUCAUGAACCACCUGAACUCAACGCCUUCCGACCAUCCCGGAGCAAAGUUGGUACGAACAAUGCUGGACACAUUCGAGAUCGAAGGAGAGCAUGGCAAGCACGUCUGCAUGGUCUAUCAGCCUCUGAGUCUCUCGCUGCGUGACAUCCGCACAAUAGCGGGAGGACAGGUACCUGCAGAGAUCUUGAAGCCAAUGCUGUACGCCAUGCUCCUCGCUCUCGAAUACCUCCACACGGUGGCUCACGUUGUUCAUACUGACAUCCAAGAUGGCAACAUCAUGCUGUCCAUUGAUGAUGAGUCGAUUUGGGACGAAGCGCUCGAAGGCGAGAGGCAACACCCAAGUCCGCGUAAAGAAGUCGAUGGGCGAACCACAUAUUCCUCCCUUGAGGUGGACAUGCCUGACGAUCCAGGCGAGCCGAUGAUCUGCGACUUUGGUGAUGCUCAGAUCGGCGCGGGCCCGUUCAAGAUCGAGGUCAUGCCUGAUCUAUACCGAGCUCCAGAAAUUGUGCUUGGGAUCCCAUGGAACGAGAAGAUCGACAUCUGGGCUUUUGGGCUCAUGAUUUGGGAUUUGGUGCAAGGCAAGCAUCUUUUCAACGAAAGGUUGCCAACUCGCGAGGCGUCCGCUGGUACGCACUUGUCGAAGAUGAUAGCACUGAUGGGACCGCCGCCUCCUGAUCUGGCAGAAAACGCGGGUGUAUGGGACAAGUUCCUGGAUGCCGAAGGCUGUCUGAACCCAGGAAUCAAAACUUUCCAAGGCAGCCUCGAGGACGAAGAUGAAAUCUUUGAAGGGGACGAGAAGACGGCUUUCUUGAGCUUCACGAGGAAGAUGCUCAGAUGGCGACCUGAAGACCGGCUAAGCGCCAAGGAGCUUCUCGAGGACUCAUGGCUUAGAGGUGAUUGGUACGGGGCCAAGACUUAA